UGACGUAGCCAGGCCAGGCCGAUAGCGGAGCCCGGACUUAGGCCGGUCCAUCUCGCCCGUUAGAUUAGUGCGUUAGCGUCAGCGUGUGAGCGGUUAAUAGCACCGAGCACCGUCGCCACAAGCGACCGGUUGGUGGUCGUCUACCGUUGUAUCGCGGAUCCCCGUCUCAUCGUCCCUGUGUCGCACGUACGUCCGGUGCGCCGCCUAAUCGGAGCGCAGUACAGCGAGAGAGUGCGCAUCGUCCAGUCCCAGGGAGCAGCCGGCUGGCACAACCAACGAUGGUCGUGAAAAUCUACAUAUCGGGUAUCAGCGGCAACAAGGAAGUAAAGAAAAGACAACAACGUGUCUUGAUGAUUCUAGAUAGCAAAAAUGUGGAAUAUGAGAUUAUCGAUAUCACAGAACCAGGCAAGGAGCUAGACAAAGAAUUUAUGCAAGCUAACAGUAAUGCCAGGUCCAACAAGUAUCCACUGCCACCACAAAUAUUUAACGAAGACGAUUAUUGCGGAGAUUAUGAAGACUUUGAUGUAUCAAACGAAAUAGAUGAACUGGAAAAGUUUCUGAAAGUGACACCAGCAGUCAGUACUGCGGAAAUCACUCUCGACUCAAAAUCUCAGAGUAAUGAAAUUCAAGAGAAUGGAAAUACUUCAAGUCGAGAGCUUUCUGCGGAGAAGGAAGCGGAUGCUGUCUCUGACAGUUUACCAGAAAGAACGACUCUAGAAAGCGAGAAUAAAGCAUUAGAUGAUUCUAAACCAACUGAAGUAGAUAGCGCGGCAAAAACUGUUACUAGCGAUGAAGGUGCUGAAGAGAGUGGCGAUAAAAAUGAGGAGAAGUCCGACGAUCAAGAGAAAGAGGAAUAGAUACGAGAUAAGCCCAUGUAAAGCUGGGAUAUUCCACAUGACAUCCUUCCUUUUCCACCCACAAGCAUAUUUUGCAAAGCUACGUUUAUUACAUUACUAAGGCUGAAUGAAGGUACUGCCAAGAUAAUAUUCUGUAUUGCGGAAAGUCUGUUGAAUGAACAGUACAAGUGACGCAUAGAACAUACUUUUAUAGAAUAUACUUUGUAUUUUAGAUCAAACGCGUCUCUUCACCAAUGUUUCGCAACAGGUCUGAUUAGGUGAUAUGAGACAAUUCCUUCAUAUCGCUACCUUUGUACAUGUCUUCACGUUUGUCCAUUAUUUUGCAUUAUUUUACACUGCACUGCACUUAAUACAUUAUAGCAAUCCCGAUAGUGAAAUUGAAGUCAUAUAUUUUUCUUUUAUGCGCACGCAACUCUGUUGCCGCGUGCAAAGCGUAUAAUUAUGAAUGUAGGAUAUAGCAACGCACGCAUAUACACAAUAUCAUUUGAGACAUACGGGAAUAAAUGCAUAGAUAUAAAAUUUGUAUUAUAAUCAGAUUUUUUUUUAUGUUUAAAUAUAACUGAUUGUUAUACACAUGAGAAAAUUUUGAUAUUUAUAUUGUACUGUACUCUUUAAUCAAACGUACACGCAGUAUUAAGGAUAGUUUUGUCUUAUGGAACUUCUUAUAUUUGAAUAUUUUAUUGCGUUAAGAUAAUCAAACAGUCUUUCCAAAUGCGCUAUAAAAAAGUUAUCGAUUUCUUCAAGUUAUUAUAUAUUGUAUGUAUUAGAAUUUUAGAAUUAAGGAAGAAACAAAAAAAAAAAGAGAUUCCUACAAUUUUUAUAAAUCAAUUAUAAAUAUCUUAUUUGCGGUAUAAGAGCAACUAAUCGUUCUCGGUUCUUGUUAACAAAAUUAUACGCAUCAGUGGUGUAUAUGACUCACGGCAUGACAUAAUUUCAUUGAUAUAUGUGUAUAUGAUUCAUGCUUAUUCAACACAAUCCAGCCCUCAGAAUCUUUUGUUGAUUUCGAAACUUGAAAAGAAUUCUAUUUACAAAAGAACAAAAAUUUAAGACUUAUGUUGUUUUGUCUAUAAAUUAUAUUGUAAUAUAUAAAAGUUUAUAAAAAAAAUUCUCACAACUGCUGCUAUUGGGACAAGCACAAUAAAUUUUUGCUAAUAUAUGAGAGAUCUUUCGUUCACACAAAACAAACGGAACACGCGAUAAAAAAAGUUUACUCGUGUAAUCUCUAUUGUUUUUCAAAAUAAUUUAUUCUAAAAUAAUACGGUAAUGGCAGUUGGAACAAUUGAGAGGCCUAUAAAUUAUUCUUCCACUUACUUUAAUCAUAAUACUUUCUUCCUCUAUUAUGCUGCGAAAAAGUAAUAUGUUGCGAGACGAUUAAUAUUAAAUCUUUCAUCGCUUAUCUUUCUCUCUAUUGUUUAAACGAUACUAUUAUAAAAAAUUAAGCUUUACGCAUUCGCUACAAAUUGCUUUGUUAUACAACAAAUAAAUAAAAUAAAACAUUAUUUUUGCUAUUAUA